AUGGGUUUAACAGUUGCGGUAGCUGGCGCGACGGGUCGCGUUGGAAGAACAAUUGUUGAACAGAUCCAAGAUGAAAAUAAAUUCUCAGUCAUUGGGUUGACUCGAAGUGACGCAUUGAUUGACAGUUCGACGAAGGAACACGUUGAAUCGGCACUCAGCGGUGUGCCAUAUGUGCAAGUAGACUAUGAUGACAUCCCGGCACUCGUGCAAAAGCUGGAAGAGCAUGAAGUACAGACCGUUAUCUGUACCAUCGGAAUGCUGGGAGACGACUGUUCUGAAUCCCAAAUCAAUUUGAUCAAGGCUGCCGACCAGGCACACACCGUACAAAGAUUCGUCACCAGCGAGUUUGGCUAUAUGACACGUGCUGAGAGGAAAGAUAUAGAUCCAGGGGUUGACUGGUUUAUAACAGCUGCGAAUCUUCUUAAGAAUAGCAGUUUGAAAUAUACCCGACCAGUUUGUGGUGCUUUUAUGGAUUUUAUGGGAGCUCCGAGUGCACGGUCAAAUAUUACCCCCAACACCAUCGCCAUUGACGUGUACAAUCGUGAAGCAUGCAUUCCUGGCGAUGGGACGGCUAGGAUAACUCUGAUCUAUAGCUACGACGCUGCGACCUUGAUUGCAAAAUUACUGGAGCUCGACGAGUGGUCAGAGUUCAGCUUUUGCAAUGGCGAGGAUACUACUCUUGGUCAAGCUUUGAAGGAAGCGGAAGAAGUUUGCGGCGAGAAAUUCAAUGUUACCUGGUUGAAGCCCGAGGAUGUUGCCAAUGGCGAUGUUCCGACCAUGAAGAUUGUUGAAGGAAGCGGCAUCCAACCUGAAGAACAACACGCCUAUGCCGUUUUUGGUUAUCAGCUGUAUCUCGCGGAAGGGUUUAAUUUACCUGUUGAAGGCCGGCUCGGAGACAAAUUUCCGGGUUUCAAGCCAAGGACGGUCCGAGAGUUCUUGGAAACGGUUUGGGGACCGCAUGUUUAA